AUGGCCUCAUUAGGCCUAACAUACCUGAUGUCGGAUUCUGAUGUGGAGCUUAUCCUAGAUUCUCAGCCAAUAAUUACCUCUGAGCCGGUACCAAGCCCCGAACUGAGCACCCAGCAAAGCCCCGAACCGAGUACCCAGCGAAGCCCCAAGCCAAUACCUACACCGAACGCCCCGGGGUACAUACAGCUUCCGCUACCUCCGUUAAACCAGCAAUUCAAUACACCAGAGGAAGGGGCCGAGGUAGUCAAUACGUUUGCGCGCCCAUAUGGCUAUGCGGUGACGAUUCGGCGUUCUAAAUAUACUAAGAAUGGCGUGAAGAAAACGGUCUACCUUUGCUGUGAUCGUGGGCGCGCAGUCAAGUAUGAAGAAACGGUCAAAAAGCGCCGUACAACAACCCUUGCACUCGGAUGCCCCUUUAUGGUUGUGCUUCGGCUAGAUCUCCAAACUAACCUUUGGCAUCUAACAAUUGACGAUUCGAAGUCGAAGCAUAACCAUCAACCAUCGCCGGCAUCAACCCACACUGCACAACGGAAGCUCGAUCUUACCCAUAAGAGCGAUCAGGUAGAAAAUGGGCUUCGGCAAGGACAUACAACGCGCCAGAUUCUUACUGAGAUACGUGAAACGGAUCCAGAAAGUGUGCUCAUUCCCCAGGAUAUCUACAACGCACGGAAGAAGCUAAGCCAGCUAUUUCUUGCUGGGCGUACGCCGCUUCAAGCACUAUUGAUAGAGCUUCCUAAGGAUGGGGGCUGGAUUUUCAAGUAUGAACUUGAUGAUCAAUCUCAUGUUUCUGCGCUAUUUUGUAUGCAUAAAUCUAGCAUUGCGAUGCUUCGAAAGAACCCCUGGGUUAUUUCAAUGGACUGCACAUAUAAGACCAAUCGAUAUGGGCUCCCUUUGCUUGAUAUUGUAGGCUUUGCGGCUACUGGUUCAACCUUCCACCUUGCAUUUGCAUUUAUGAGAGAUGAGAAGGAUGAUUCAUAUGAGGUAAUGCUUACCUGCCUAGCCGAAGCAUACGAAUCCCUCGCUCUCGCCCCUCCCAGUACGAUCCUUACCGAUAAAGAAGAGGCGCUUAUCAAGGCAAUUGAGGUCGUUUUUCCCAGCACUAAGCAUAUGCUCUGCAUUUGGCAUAUCAAUAUGAAUAUCCUCAAGAAGGCCCGCCCAAUACUCGCUGAUCAGGUAGCACAAGCCCGCCGCGAAGCCCAGGCUAAUACCUCCCGCAAACUUACCGCCGCCGAGCGCAACGAAGACCGUAAGAAGGCCGAAGCGGGGUGGAAGAAGAUGCUACAGCGCUGGAACCGCAUUGUAGGGUGCGCAUUGGCUGCUCAAACAGGAUCUCCAGGUCUCUACCAAUGA